ACCAUUUGAUAAUAAUUAAAAUUUACAAAUAAUAUUUUAUUUCUGUGUAUUAUAAUUAAAUUUAAAUUGUAAGUGUGUGUGUGAUUAUUAGGAUUCAUAUUUCAAAUUGAAAGACGAAAAUAAAAAGAAGGGUGACCACCCCAUGAGCGCCGGCGCAAAAUAAUCUAUUUUUACAGUCAGUUAAAAGUACCAUACCCAAGCAACAACAAUUCUCAUUUCUCAAGAGAAAAAAACCAUUGAAAAAUUACAAUACAUCACUAAUAAUUAAAAUUAAUCAACAAAAAAUUAAUUAUAAAUAUUUAUAAUUAUUUAUCAAUCAACAAUAAAGAUUUAAAAAUGAAAACAUCAGUUGUUCAAGGUAAAAUUGUUGGUUGUAUUGGUAAAUGUUCAUCAGGUUUAACAACACAAGAACUUGAUCGAAUAACUGAUAGUGUACAAAAAACAUUGACAAAUGAUAAAGGUCGUAAAAUAUUUUAUGAGUAUUUAAAAAGAUCAAACAAUGUUGAUGCUAUGAAUUGUUUAAAUUUUUAUGAAAAAUGUUGCAUUGUAUUGGAAAAGGAAAACAAUUAUCAUUUAAUGACAAAAAAUCCAGAUUUAAAAAUAUUUACUGAAGAUUUUAAUGAUAUUUUUGAUACUGCUGCUGAACUAAAUGGAGUGCCAGAAAUAGAUUUGGCAAUUUUGGAACGUUUUAAUGAGUGUCUUACAACCCCCUGCCGUGAUAGCAUGAUCAAUGUUAUUGAAGAUACUAAAAUGCGUUUAGCUGAACAUUUGAAAAUCAGUUUUAAACAUUUUAAGAUUUACAUGCUUGAACCAUGUCCAAAAACAAAAUAGUUUUUUGGUCAAUUAUUGUUAAAUACUCAGUGAUUAUUUAUUUAUUCAAAA